GACUUUACAGCUCUGUUUAUCUGCUCAAACAAAACAGUAAACAAGAUGUUAACGUAACAUUAACUAAAUUCAAAAUUAAAAGUCUCAGUUAACGUUGAACAUGGUCAAGUCGGACCUCGUUCUAGGCGGCAUGGCUGCCAUGGGGGCGGUGAUGUUCACCAAUCCCAUUGACGUGGUUAAGACUCGGAUGCAGCUGCAGGGCGAACUGGCCGCACGUGGAACUUACGUGAAGCCCUACAGGCAUCUGCCUCAGGCCAUGCUGCAAAUUAUCCGGAACGAUGGACUCCUGGCCUUGGAGAAGGGUCUGCUGCCGGCGCUACACUACCAGUUUAUACUGAACUCCAUCAGGCUAAGCGUUUACUCGAAUGCCUUGGAAUACGGCUACUUGCAGGACAAGGAUGGAAACAUUGCCUUCUACAGGGGCAUGUUUUUUGGAGCCCUGGGCGGAGGUACCGGCACAUUUUUGGCCAGUCCAUUUUAUAUGAUAAAAUCACAACAACAUGCGCAGGCUGUCGAGGCGAUAGCGGUGGGUUUCCAGCACAAGCACACCUCGAUGUAUGAUGCCAUGCAGAAAAUCUACAGGGCGCACGGCUUUAGGGGAUUCUGGCGCGGAUCCACGACUAGCCUAAUCCGAGCUUUCACGGCUUCCAGUGUCCAAAUCGGCACCUUCCCCAAGGCAAAGGCUUGGCUUCAGGACAACGGCUGGAUCAAGCACCCAGUGCUCCUCUCCUUUUGCUCAGGCCUGAUCUCGGGUUCCAUGGUGUCCAUUGCCAAUGCACCCUUCGACGUGGUCACAACAAGGAUGUAUAACCAGCCGGUGGAUGCCAAUGGCCGUGGCCUCGUCUACCGGGGGUUGUUGGACUGCUUCAUAAAGAUCCUGCGAAAGGAGGGACUACACGGCAUGUACAAAGGCUUUUGGCCAAUAUAUUUUCGGAGUGCGCCCCAUAUCACCUUAACGUUUGUGUUUUUUGACAAGUUGAUGCUUUUGCGCAACCGUUAUUUGUAUAAGGAGGCAGCCUAAAACAGAGCAGAUUCCGCCAAGCAUUUUUGUUAUCGUUUUCAUGUGAAUAAAUAGUUUUACAUUCAAAA